AUGCUUCGUAUCACUAAUAAGGGUGUUACUCGUGGUGUAACUCGUACAUCCUUGAGGUCUUUUUCUGUUUCAAACAUGGCAGCUGCUCACGCUGAAGAUGAUGUACUUUUUUCCAACCGUGACUUGGCACGGGUGGUUACUCUUAAUCGGCCCAAGAAGCUCAAUUCACUCAAUACACUGAUGGUGCUGAAGAUAGCUCCUCGUCUUGUGGAAUAUUCAAAAAGUUCUGUGGCCAAUAUGGUGUUGCUCAAUUCCAACUCUCCAAAAGGUUUGUGUGCUGGUGGAGAUGUGGCCGAAUGUGCUUCUCAGAUCAAGAAUGAAUCUAACCCCGGCUAUGCCAGUGAUUUUUUCCAGCAGGAAUACAAUCUUAACUACUUGAUAGCCACCUAUCCAAAGCCUUAUGUGUCGUUCAUGGAUGGUAUCACCAUGGGAGGUGGUGUGGGUUUGUCGGUCCAUGGUCCGUUCAGAAUUGCAACUGAACGCACAAAGUUAGCUAUGCCUGAGAUGGACAUUGGUUUUUUCCCAGACGUUGGUACCACUUUCUUCUUACCUCGGUUGGACGACAACUUGGGUCGCUUUUAUGCCAUGACCGGUAAGGUGAUGAGCGGAGUCGAAGCUUAUUACGCUGGCUUCGCAACCCACUAUGUCACCUCUGACAGACUUGACCAGCUUGCUACAAGGCUUGCAAACUUGCAGCCCCCAGCUCUCAAUGAUCAGAAACCUGCCGACAACCACUCGUCUACCGUUUCAUCCCAGCGUGAAUUCUUUGCUCAAGUCAAUUCUGCAAUUGAAGAAUUUGCUGCCACCAGCAUUGACGAAAACCCAUUGACCGUGGAACAGCAAAAGACUAUCAAGAAUGCGUUCUCCAAAAAUACCGUGGAGGAGAUUUUGGCUCUGUUGGAUCAAGAUGGCAGCGACUUUGCUCUUCAAACUAAAAAGACAUUGAUGACCAAGUCGCCUACCUCGCUUAAAGUGGCGCUUGAAUUGAUGAUUCGUGGAGCUGAAAACACAAUCCGUGCACAACUUGAAUUGGAGAUGAUUGCCGCUACCAAUAUCAUGCAUUUGAGGCCUGAACAAAACGACUUCGUUUUGGGUGUGAGCCACAAGUUGAUUGACAAGGUCAAAGAGCCUGCAUUCCCCAAUUGGUAUAAGCAUCCUAACGUGAGCGAGAUCUCGAAAGAGCACGUUGAAAAGCUUCUCGACUCCUCGAUCCAUACUGCCAAGUUGAGCCACCCACUUCUUCAGAAAUUUUUUGGCGUAAACUACAAGGAAUAUCCUCACCAUAUGGGUUUGCCUAGCGCCAAGCAGGUUGAAGACUAUGUGACUGGCAAUGACGGAUCCAACCGGUCUUAUUUGCCCACCCCUGCUGAAGUGGUCAAACACUUUCAAAGGGCGACAAAUAACAAGGUUGGUGUUCAGCAAAAAGUGGAGCGCAUCUUGGCAAUUCAUGGAGAAAGCUCAAAGUACGAUAAUAAAUACGUAUCGUGGGUUAAGUAA